AGGAAAGAGAGCGAAGCGAGGAAAGGGUGUUCUUUUCCCAAUCCUUUCUGUUCCCUCUCUCUCUCUCUCUCUCUCUCUUUGUCGUUAGGAUCCGAGUAGCGGUCGAGGAAGAGGAAUCUUUCCCCAAAGAAGCGGAAUCGAGGCGCGGUUUUGACGGAUCUUGGGAGCAUUUGGAGCAUUUCUUGACGUUCAGUCCUUCGAGGGGGCGACUUCGAUCAUCAGAUGAAUGAUUCGGAGGUCUCGAUGACGACAGAACGGUGCUCGGGGUUUGAUUUGUGUCGGGCGAAGCCGAAAGAUUGAAUCUUGAUGGUCGGUUGCGGCGGGGGGCAUGGCGGCGGCGUCGGCGGCGGCAGAUCACGGCAGGACGGGCCACGCCGAGAGGGACAUCGAGCAGGCUAUCACUGCUCUGAAGAAGGGAGCAUACUUGCUAAAAUAUGGACGAAGAGGAAAACCGAAAUUUUGCCCAUUCAGAUUAUCUAAUGAUGAGUCCACAUUAAUAUGGUUUUCAGGCAAAGAGGAGAAACAUCUCAAACUAAGUCAUGUAUCCAGAAUCAUGCCUGGACAACGCACUGCAAUUUUUCAGAGAUACCCACAGCCUGAGAAGGAAUGUCAAUCAUUUUCUCUCAUAUAUAGUGAUAGAUCACUGGAUCUUAUAUGCAAGGAUAAAGAUGAAGCUGAAGUCUGGUUUGCUGGUUUAAAAACAUUGAUACCACGCAGUCAUCACCGAAGUUGGAGAACAGAAUCGAGAAGUGAUGGAGCAUCAUCUGGUACAAACAGUCCAAGGACAUACACCCGUCGAAGUUCUCCUUUAAACUCUCCCUUUGGUAGCAGUGACAGUAUGCAGAAGGAUGGCAGUGACACUUUUCGAGUUCGAAGUCCAUAUGGAAGCCCAACAAAGAAUGGAUUGGACAAAUCAUUCUCUGAGGUUGUCUCAUAUGCAGUACCUCCAAAGUCUUUCUUUCCUUCAGAUUCUGCUACAGGGUCACUCCACUCUUUAUCUUCUGGAUGCUCAGAUAACAUAAAUGGGCAUGCAAGAGCCAUUGCCACAGAUGCAUUCAGGGUGAGUCUGUCAAGUGCUGUCAGCUCAUCCAGUCAAGGCUCAGGUCAUGACGAUGGAGAUGCUUUAGGGGAUGUAUUUAUAUGGGGGGAAGGGACUGGGGACGGGGUUCUAGGUGGUGGAAGUCUUAGACUCGGUAGCUAUUCAGGUAUUAAAUUGGAUUCUCUUGCACCGAAAGCCUUAGAAUCUGCUGUAAUACUAGAUGUGCAGAACAUAUCGUGUGGUGGGAGACAUGCAGCUCUUGUCACCAAGCAAGGGGAGAUAUACUCUUGGGGGGAGGAAUCAGGAGGGAGGCUUGGGCAUGGUGUAGAUGCUGAUGUAUCUCAGCCAAAACUGAUUGAUGCUCUUGUAAAUAUGAAUAUAGAACUUGUCGCCUGCGGGGAGCAUCACACCUGUGCUGUUACAUUGUCUGGUGACCUUUACACAUGGGGGGAUGGCACUUCUACACUUGGGCUCCUUGGGCAUGGAAAUGAGAUGAGCAACUGGAUCCCAAAGAGGGUUAAUGGGGCUUUAGAGGGUAUACAUGUUUCAUCAGUUUCUUGUGGGCCUUGGCAUACAGCUGUUGUAACCUCCGCUGGGCAACUAUUUACCUUUGGAGAUGGAACUUUUGGUGUCCUAGGUCAUGGAGAUUGCAAGAGUGUGUCAGUACCCAGGGAAGUAGAAUCCCUGAGAGGACUGCGCACGGUUCGAGCUGCUUGUGGUGUUUGGCAUACUGCUGCAGUUGUAGAAGUAAUGUCUGGAAAUUCAAGUUCUAGCAACUGUUCUUCUGGGAAGCUGUUUACAUGGGGUGAUGGUGAUAAAGGACGUCUUGGACAUGGUGACAAAGAAAAUAAACUAGUGCCUACUUGUGUAGCUGCCUUGGUUGAACCAAACUUUUGUCAAGUUGCUUGUGGGCACAGCCUAACUGUGGCACUUACUACCUCAGGUCACGUUUACACAAUGGGCAGUGCGGUUUAUGGUCAACUCGGAAAUCCACAGGCAGAUGGAAAGCUACCCAUGCGUGUUGAAGGAAAGCUCCUCAAAAACUUUGUUGAGGAGAUUUCAUGUGGUGCUUAUCAUGUUGCUGUCUUAACUUCAAGAACUGAAGUAUACACAUGGGGGAAAGGUGCAAAUGGUCGACUAGGACAUGGUGAUACUGAUGACCGUAAUUCCCCUACAUUAGUCGAAGCUUUAAAAGACAAACAAGUCAGAAGUGUAGUUUGCGGCACUAAUUUUACUGCAGCAAUUUGUAUCCAUAAGUGGGUAUCUGGAGUUGAUCAGUCUAUGUGCUCAGGCUGCCGUCUGCCGUUUAGUUUUAAGAGGAAGCGACAUAACUGCUAUAAUUGUGCACUUGUUUUUUGCCAUUACUGCAGCAAUAAAAAGUCUCUUAGGGCUUCUAUGGCACCAAAUCCUCAUAAACCAUAUCGUGUAUGUGACAACUGCUUUAUCAAGUUAAGCAAGCCCUUGGAAAGUGACUCAUCACUUCAUUCUGCAGCUAGCAGGAGGGGAAAUAUAAUUAAGGGAUUCACUGAAAUGACUGAGGAGGAUAAAUUGGAUCCAAAAUCAAAUGUGCAAAUCCCUAGAAUUUCUUCAAUAGAGUCCUUUAAGCAGAUAGAAAAUAGAUCUUCUAAAAAGAACAAGAAAUUUGAAUUCAUUGGCAGUCGUGUAUCUCCAAUCCCAAAUGGAACAUCACGUUGGGGUGCUCUAAACAUUUCAAAAUCUUUCAAUCCAGCAUCUGGAACCUCGAAGAAGUUCUUCUCAGCAUCUGUUCCUGGGUCAAGAAUUGUGUCCAGAGCCACAUCACCUGUAUCAAGAAGGCCCAGUCCCCCUCGUUCCACCACACCAACACCGACACUCGGAGGACUGACUUCUCCAAGAAUCAUUCUUGAUAACUCAAAAGGUGGUACUGACAGCAUAAGCCAAGAGGUUCUAAAGUUAAGAGCUCAGGUGGCAAACCUUGCUCGUAAGGCCCAGCUUCAGGAAGUUGAGUUGGAGAGAGCAACUAAACAGUUGAAGGAGGCCAUUUCAAUUGCUGAAGAAGAAGCUGCAAAAAGCAAAGCAGCCAAAGAAGUAAUCAAGUCACUCACUGCUCAAUUAAAGAGCAUGGCUGAAAGAUUGCCAAUAGGAGCUGCUGAAAACAGUAAACUAACUUCCUUGGCAUCCCUCAACACAACUCCCACCUCAAGUGGUGUUUCAGUUGCAGCUGUUGAGCGAUUAAGCAGCAUGUUGACUUCUCAAGAAACAGAUGCAAAUGUUUCCAGCUGUGUGCUAGUUUCCAAUGGACCAAGUUCCACCGGCAGUCACAAUAAUGGUGGUACUCCGGUAGCAAGGAAUGGAAGCAAAGUUAUUGAUGCUGAUCCUGAUCGUGAGACAGAAUGGGUUGAGCAAGAUGAACCAGGCGUGUAUAUCACCCUUACUUCUUUACCUGGAGGUGUGAGAGACCUAAAACGAGUACGCUUCAGUCGCAAGCGGUUCAGCGAGAAGCAAGCAGAACAAUGGUGGGCUGAGAACCGGGCUAGGGUAUAUGAGCAGUACAAUGUGCGAAUGGUUGACAGGUCCACUAUUAGCAUCAGAAGCGACGAAAGAUCUCAUUAAGAUUGACUUGAAAUAAUAUUUGCCUUUAAAUUGUAGUCAUGCCAGAGCGGUGAUGAAGUUCCUAACUUAAUCGAUUAGUUUGUAAAUGUCGGUAAAUUUCAUUUUUAGCCCCAGAAAAGAUUGGAGGGCCUGGGUAUAAAGAGGAUGUGGUUGGUAGUCUCCAUUUUUCUAAUUUUCCUUCAAUUUUUCUUGUGUGGAAAGAUAAGAGUGGGUUUGAGCAUGAGGAAUGUAAAUCCUUAUUGGUCAGCUUGCUAACAUCCUGCAUUGUAAAGCCAAAAGGAAAUUGAUCUUGCCCUCUCUUCUUUUUCUAUAUAUAUAUAUUAGUGUUAGCUAGCAGUA